AUUGGUUGGCUGUUGAGUAGCCAAGCCUCGAGAAAAGUCAAAACAACAUGGCGGUCUUUACUGCCUCAGCAACCCUUCCAGUUUUCAGAACAAGUUUAUUUAUGUUUAAAUGCGUUUGUAGAAAAUCACCUUUAGCUGAUGAGGUGGUCCUUGCGCGCCACAUAUGCGGAUCGACCAUCAGGACUAGAACGACUUGGUUUGAUCGUCAAAAAGGCUCUCAAAAUUGCACCGCGCGACGCACGAAAGUAGAAUUUGCGCCUGGACCUAAUACAUUCCAAAGAACUCAAUCGACGUUUACAGAAAACAACUCUUCUCCUAGCACCAGGUGUACCCCGGAGUUCAUUAAAUUGCCGUGGGGUGUCCAACUAGGGCACUUCCAAGCAAAAGGAAGCAGGUACUAUCAUUCUCGACGGCGGCUGAAUACGGCUAACUUUGUGGACAGUUGCCCUCCUGGCGCACAGCCGUAUCUACGGUUGAUUCGUCUCGAUAAACCCAUAGGAACAUGGCUCUUGUACUUGCCAUGCACAUGGAGCAUAGGGCUUGCAGCUCCCGCAGGCUCCUUACCAGAUCUCAAAUUGUUGACCCUUUUUGGAGUAGGGGCCUUGGUGAUGAGAGGGGCGGGUUGCACCAUCAAUGACAUGUGGGAUGUUGACUUUGAUAAGAAGGUGAGCAGGUGGAACAACUCUAGGGGUUGCAAGGAGAUUUUCAAAGGUUUGACCUGAUCUCAAAUUCACGUCAACUCUUGUGAUGGUCCUCAAAGUCUUAAAAGUAGUGCUGGUGCAAUUUACUUUGGUUUUUGAAGCCUCAAGGAGUGAAAGUUCUGAAAGACUGGAAUUUUUUUUCCAGCCCAGGAUCUUGGUCGAUAGUAGCUAGAAUAGGUUAAUGUAAGAUUGUUAAUGUGGAAAUCUUUGUAUAGGUCUGUGUGAAUAGGGCACAUGGAGUAAGCUGAGUUACAAUAAGGUAAUAAUUAUAUGAAGGAGUUGUGUGACUAAAAUUGUUAGGUCCCAGUCUAAGAUUUUCAAACAGAGGUCUCAACAUCUUGGGGAGACUGAGAUUUUACCAUUUACAGCUCCUGUGUCUGUAAUGCUUGUGUCUCCCACAGGAUGUCCUAAAAAAAAUUCAGAUAAAAUCCUUAACCCUUUCACCCCCAAAAGUGUCUGGCUUAUAAUUUGUCCUUACAGUAUCACUCUUGAAUCAAA